GAGAGAGAGAGAGAAUGGGCGACGUCGAAGAUGAUCAUCGUUGGGAGGACGCCAUCGACGUCGACGACUCCGACCUCCUCCUCCUCCCCCGCUCAUCCUCCUCCUCCUCCUCCUCCCUUCCUCCUCUCCGCCCCUGCUCCCAAACCCUAACCCUAACCCCAACCACUCCCAACCCUCCUCCACCAAAACCCUCCCUCGCCGCCGCCGGCCCCCGCCUCAUCCCCGGCCCCGCCGGCGCCGUUCAGGCCUCUAUGCGCCGGAGAUCCUCCGCCCCCUCCGCCGUUGCCGCCCCUUGCGUCAUCGGCUCUCGGUCGGAGCCGCAGAUGAGGCGGGACGAUCCGCCGUCGGAUCUUGUUGAUGCGGAGGAUGGGGAUUUCACGCUCGAUCCCUGGCUCAGCGCCAUUGACUCUCUAGGGGAGGACCAUGCUGCGUCGGUACGCCGGAUCGGGUCAAUUAAGACGUCGUCAAUUGAUCGAAUACCUCAUGUGGUGGGGGUCGUCAAGUUGUGCACGCCAAACGGGCUUGGAGACCUGUUUCUUACUCUGAAGGAUCCAACAGGCAUGAUCGGUGCUUUCGUUCACCGUAAAGUUAUUUCGGACGGCAAUCUUGGCGGUGGUAUCUCUGUUGGAUGUGUCCUUAUUCUGAAGCAGGUGGUUGUCUUCUGCCCUGCUCGCUCUGUUUGCUACCUCAAUGUAACAAUAAACAAUAUUGUGAAGCUUUUUACUAAGGAUUGUGGACCCUGUCAUAAACAAGUAAUUUCCUCAUUUACGGCAAGAUCUCAUAUUGCAGCGAAACACAUGGAAACCAAUUUGGAGGAACAGUCCGAAAGAGAUGCCCUGAUGAGGAGGAGAAUUGAAACAGGAAACGCUUGUAUUGAAGAAACUAGCACCUCCUGGGCUUGUGAAAGGAUGGCAUCCCGUUCGAAAACAGCAGAAGUUGCUACGACGAUGGCUAUCAAGACUAGCCAUCUCUUACAGAAACUUCAGGACCCUUCUACGAGGCAUUUAACGAAAAACCCCUCAGUUAACGAUUUGAGACCAAGUUUGAAUGAUGAAAAUGUUAUGGGUGGUAAGGAAACUAGUUCUACAGCUGCCGCUGGAUUAGUGAAGUCUAACCCUAACCAUGAAAAGAACGAGGCAAUGAAGCUUAGAUCACGAGUUUCCGCCGCUCAAUGGACUGAUGAACAGCUCUCCGAGCUAUUUGCUGACUACUAAAAUUGGGAUGAAUCUGUCACCAAUAUGUUACUUCCAUGCUCACGUAAGGUAUGCCAUGGAGGAAGAGUUUUGGUCCAUCUAACUAGCCCAGUGAGGCAGUUAAGAGACUUUGGCUGCGUGGAUUAAACACUGCUCUAUAACUGGUGUUUCCUUCCUUUUCUGUUUUUUUUUUUUUGGGGCUCUUAUCUUACAACCUUUUGUUGACAGUUGGAGAAGCAUUUCACUACUAAAAUUGUGCAUAUCUCUCACAUUCUGCUAGAUAUGCAUGCACGCUACGGAGUCGAAGGUUACAUAUCCAAAUUCUAUCAUUUUUAUGAUUUUUGUUUCUUUUGUAAGUUGGCAUGAAUAUCAA